GGUGGGAUUAUUCUCAUUGUUGGCAGUGGCAGCGCAGACAGACAGACAGUGUGACUGAGGCUCAACUGUGAUGAGUUUAAGCAUCAGAAUCAUCAGCUGUUGAUACAGCCGGUGUGUGAGAGAGAGACCGAGAGAGAGAGAGAGAGAGAGAGAGAGAGAGAGAGAGAGAAGAGAAAAGGAAGAAACAGAGCGAGACGCUGAAAGGAUACGACUAUGCUGUGCUGUAUCAGAAGAACUAAGCCGGUUGAGAAGAACGAAGAGGCCGAUCAGGAGAUCAAGCAGGAUGGAACCAAACCGGAGGAAAACGCCCACAAGGCCGCCACCAAGAUCCAGGCCAGCUUCCGUGGACACAUCACCCGGAAAAAGAUGAAGGACGGCGAGAAAGACGAGGAGAACGACGCCGUUCCCGACGAGUCCGCCGAGACCGAGGAGGAGGAGGAGAAGAAGGAGCGAGUCUCUCCGUCCGAGGAGAAACCGGCCGAGGUUUCCACGGAAACGGCAGAGGAGAGCAAACCGGCCGAGCAGCCCAACUCGCCCGCUGCGGAAGCCCCGCCCACCGCAGCCGCCGACUCCGCCCCCUCAGACACGCCCGCUAAAGAGGAAGCGCAGGAGCAGCAGCAGGAAGCGGAGAAGCCGAAAGAGGCCGAGAACCCCGCCGACGACGUAAACGCGCAGAAGGAGGAGGAGAAGAAGGAGAAGGAGGAGGAAGCCAAACAAGCCGACGUGCCUGACGCUGCUACCGCCGCCGAGAGCCAGGAAACAGACCAAAUAGACAAAAAAGAGGCCGUGGAAGACUCCAAACCAGCAGAGGAGGCCGUUUCGGACGCCGGCACAGAGGAGAACGUUUAACGGACGACCAGUGAAAUGUAAAAUCAUAAGUAAUCGACAGACUGCUCUUGACGACGAAGACGGUCUGUUUUUAUGUUUGUCCUCUCUUUUCUGGUGUGGCAAUGAUUUUCUGACGUUUGGAGGGAGUUUUCCAGUGCAGAUCGAUCGCAGACGGACACAAACCUCCAUCCGUCCGGCUCUUUUGCGCUCGCGAUCCGGCUCUUCUGCGUCCGGAGCUCAUCGCAUGAGAAUUCUUCCUCCAGAGAAGAGAACCUUCUCACACGCACCCGACUAAUACAUGUGGCUUCUUUUCAUGUCCUUGGUGUUGUUAUGAGCGUUUAAUUGGAGAUAUUGCUGCACUGAUGUUAAAAAUUCAGAAAAUCCAACAAAAAGAAAAAGCGCCAGCCUUUCUGUUCAAGUGAGUUUGAAUCUAAGGCGUAAAAUCGUGGAAAAUGGUUUCAUGUCUGUUUUCGAAAUAAAGAAAUGUGCCAAUUA